CCCCCUCUUUUGGAAAGCUUUAAGAUGCUUGUUGAGGCUUUAGCAAGUUCAGAGUGUUUUUAGAUGAUUAUUAUUAUUAUUAUUAUUAUUAUUAUUAUUAUUAUUAUUAUUAUUAUUUUCAACCUGUCAUCAAUAAUGUGGAAGUAAUAAUUCUCAUGACUUCUCCCACUUCUUGUUUUCUGAGUGUGUGUGUGCGUAUGUAUGUGUUGUAGUACAAAAGGCUGCAUGACUGUAAAGGGAUGGUUACAAUGUUUCUGGGGUUGUUUUUUUUGUUUUUUAUUUUGGUUUCCCCAGCACUUCUGUCACUCCUGAAAUGCUUUUAUUUCUAUUUUGUUUUCUCUCUCCUGUGGGGUCUCCCUCCCGUUGGUUUUUUCCUCAUGUAUCAUUGUUUCUUUAUCUUUCUAUUUACUAAACGUAUCAUGUUGUUUGUUCUCAGCACUGUAAAACAGUCCCUUCUACGACAUUGAAAAGCAAUAUCACUGUAUGAAAUGUUCACAAUGUAUUUGUUAUGAUUGACAUUUGAUUCAUCAUUAUUAUUCACAUGCACCCUAGGUGUGAUAAUUGAAGUAAAUCUCUUUUAUACAAAUACUAAAAGUGUGCUGUUGUAGUUUGUUUUUUUUCCUCUCGAUGACAAAAACAAUGCUUUAAGUACAUGGCUGGUUUAUACAAGUAUUCUCAGAGAAAGAGAUCAGUUGAGCUUGUUAGAAAUCAGAAAAAGGGAAACAUUGAAAGAUUGUUUUUAACCUCUUGUAGCAUCUUACAGCAUCUUCAGGUGAGCCGUCUUUAUAAACUACAACAAAAUACCAAAAAACAAAGAAGGAACAGGUGAUCCACAGUUCCUCUGCUCUCUUUCCAGGCCGUUACUCCGAGCUUCAGUCGGAGUUCUCCGCUGCAGUGCGGACCAGCUCAGAGCAGAAGGAGCUGAUCCUGAAACUGGAGCAUGACCUGAGCACCAUCCAGGCCAUGUCCUCCCUGCCCAGGCCCGAUGCAGACGGGUCCGAGCUCAGCAACAUGGGGAACAUCCCUGACCCCAUCAAAGAGGCAACUGCAAUGUUCACUGGUUCAGGAGUGACUCCCAAUCCUGAGCUUCCUCAGGGCCAGAUGGACUCGCUGCUCUCCAUCAUCUCUAGCCAAAGGGAAAGGUUCCGCUCCCGCAACCAGGAGCUGGAAGCUGAGAAUCGCUCCAUGCAGCAGACCAUGCAGGCCCUGCAGAGCGAGCUGGACAGCCUGAGGGCUGACAACAUCAAGCUCUAUGAGAAAAUCAAGUUCCUGCAGAGCUACCCAGGCAGAGCUGGCGGAAGUGACGACACCGUGAUGCGUUACUCCUCCCAGUAUGAAGAGAGACUGGAUCCGUUUUCUUCCUUCAGCAAAAGGGAGCGCCAGCGCCGAUACCUGAGCCUCAGCCCCUGGGAUAAAGCAACUCUUAGCCUGGGACGUGUGAUUCUCUCCAACAAGAUUGCCAGGACUAUUGCCUUCUUCUACACCUUGUUCCUGCACUGUUUGGUCUUCUUGGUGCUGUACAAGACUGCUUGGAGCGAGAGCAUCGGCAGAGACUGCACUGCUUUCUGCUCUAAGAAGUAUGCUGACCACCUUCACCGCUUCCAUGAGAAUGAACAGAACCUUUAAGUCUGUCCGCAGUAACGACUGGAGGCUUUGAGCAUGCGUAUCCUGCAGAGAUUUUCACUUCCCUCCGCUGUGCUUGCAGUAGCUGGCUUCUCCACUAGGUGGCAGUUCAGGUCUUUGAGUUGCACAUCAAAGGAUUGAUAGAUCCUCAACAGGUUUCCAUUUUCAGUUUCUGGAUCUUUAAUAACUCGAAGUAAAUAUAGAAAUCAAGCAAAAGUAUAACUUGAGGCUCACUUUGAUCUUUAGAUUACUUAAGAGGUAAGAAUUAGUCAUUUUCUGUGUGUGCUGGUUUAGGGCUGAUUUAAAGAUAAACUGUUUAAUUGUUAACAUAUUGUACCAAAGGGGACCACAAUACUCAUCUCAUGAUUUUGCUAGAAUUUAACUGGAAUUAUGGGUAAUAUAAUCAAUAAAGAGAUAACUGAAGUCACACCAAAGGUGGUGCAUUUAAUAUAGAUUAUAUAGGAAUGGGUGGUACAGUGGGAAAGCACCAGGUUUUUAGGUGGAGAUUAUUUCCAUGGGUUGUGUGCUGGAACAGUAUAUAUGGUUGUUUUUUCUUUUUGAAUUUUAUGCCACAUUGACAGAUGCGGUUCAUAAAUGUGUGGCGGGUGCAGGUUUUAGGGAUUUAGUGCUGAGAUCAUAUUGUUAUUGUUACUUGGUUAUAGACGAGCCAGCAGUGACGCAGUAAUGGUUACAGAGUCUGUGAUUGCAAUAUUUAGCAUAUAUGCGCUUAUUUACCAGCUUUCUCCUCCCUUUUCUGUCUUUGCGGAUGUACUCAAAAUAAAGACUAUGCAGUUA